AUGACCCACAGAAACACCAUAGUGGGGCACAUGCUCACAGCUGUCCUCGAUCUGGAAGGCCAAAAGACUCAUGGUGAAAAAGAGGCCGAAGAGGCUGCAAUCAAAGCCCACCCCGAGCAAGCAUCCGAGAUUCGAGACCACGGCUGCCACCAGAAAUCUCUCGAGCUAGUCGAUACAGUUGCCCGGUAUCUUCACAAGGCGGGCAUACCGCACUCCUGGAUCUAUUGCGGGCACCGAGCGCCCGUGGACCAGUGGCAGAUCUACAUCGCUUUCGGCAAGGAAGGGAUAAGCGACGACGAGCGCGCCGAGCUUCGUCAAAGUCUCCUCUCGCGGUAUCUGGGAGAUGAGGUCCACCUGGAAACGGAUGUAGUAAUACAGCAUGCGGCAAGUCUUCCUUGGCGAGCCGUGCUGCGUUGGGAAUCCAAUCGGGGAUGGAAGCACACGACCAACCUUACAGUGUCGCACGGGCGGAUCUUCGUCCCCGUGCGAGACGGCCAGGUUGACGUCGACGAGCAUCGUGCUUUUUCGAAGGCGGCCACCCCGCGUGCGUCGACCGAGUCCAUUGCGUCUAUCGUAGAUAGUGUCUGGGGGGCCUUGUAUGGUCCGCCGAACGAAAGGACUGAGUUGACUCUUGAUGAGGCAAUUGAGAAGAUGAAGGUGCUCCGGACCAGCUGA